CUAAUUCCUUAUUUUCUUCGGAUAUUUCCUUACAAAAAAACCCCCCACCUUUCACAUCCCAUACUCACCUCCUACAUAACCACAUACCCACCCACCAAUCCACCCACCUACACAACACCCCAACACCUUUAUCCAAAAUGAACGCCGCCUCUCUCGGCGACACCGCCCUCCAAUCCUCCGACCCCACCACCGCAACCCUGCACUACACCACCGCACUCCUCACGCACCCCCGAUCCCCCAGCUACUUCAUCAAGCGCUCGACCGCCUUCUCACGCCUAAAGCCGACGCCGAAUCUCCCCGCCGCGCUGCGCGAUGCCGAGUCCGCUGUGCUUCUUGCCCGCGAGCGGGGCAAGCGCGAGUUGAUUGUCGAGGCGCAGAUGCGCAGGGCUAUUGUCUUGUUUCUCAUGGGGAGGUAUGUUGCUGCUGAGGGGGUGGUGGGGGUUGUGGAGCGGAUGGUGGGGUUGGAUAAGGAGGGGAAUAAGGAGGAGGUUGAGGAUAAGGAGGAGAAGGUGAUGAGGGCGAUGGGGGGUGCAUCGGGUGGUGCUGGGAAGGGUGUUGAGGCGGAGGUGAGGAUUUGGGGGGCGAAGAUUAGGGCGAAGGUGAGGGGUUCAGGUGGUGAUGGGGAUGAGGUGGAGGAGGUGCCGGUGGGGGUUAAGGUGCCUGGGGAGAAGGAGUUGAGGGCGCAGUUGGAGGAGUUGAGGGGGGGGAGUAAGAUUGCGGCUGUUGGUGAGGAGGGUCAGAAGGUUGAGGAUAAGGCUGAGAAGGAGCAGCAGGAGGAGGAGGAGAAAGCCGAGGUUAAGGAGACUCAGCAACAGCAGCAGCAGCAACAAGUCAAGGUCCGUCAUGAAUGGUACCAGUCCGGAGAGACGGUUGUCGUGACGUUGUACGUGAAAGGCGUGCCUAAGGAUAAAGUGGCUAUUGAGUUGAAAGAGGACUCGACAUCCCUCCAAUUCCCCCUCCCCUCCGGCGCCGAAUACGACUUCACCCUCGACCCGCUCUUCGCCCCCAUCGACCCCUCCACCUCCAAGGUCUCCGUCUUCUCCACCAAGAUUGAAAUCUCCCUGCGCAAGAAAUCCCCAGGCCAGAAAUGGAGCGCCUUGGAAUCCUCCACCGGAGUUACUACUCCCCAGCCUACAAGUACAGUUGCACCCACCACACAAAUCAAACCACAAGCCCAAGGCCCAUCAUACCCUACCUCCUCCCGCCACGGCGCCAAAGACUGGGAUAAGCUUGCUUCAAGCCUAACCCAGAAGUCGAAGAAGGACAAACCCAAGAAUAAAGACGCGUCUAAGACAGAAGGCAAAGGAGAAGAUGAUGAAGCAUCCGACGCCGAAUCCAUCAACUCGGACUUCGGAGGCGGCGAUGCCGUCGAUGGGUUCUUCAAGAAACUCUAUGCGAAUGCGGACCCGGAUACUCGUCGCGCUAUGGUGAAGAGUUAUGUGGAGAGUCAGGGGACUUCGUUGAGUACGAAUUGGGAUGAGGUCGGUCAGGGACCGGUUAAGGUUAGGCCGCCUAGUGAGUGAAUUUUUUUUUUUUUUUUCUUUCUUUUCAUCUUUCUCUUCUGGAGGGAUAGAAUGGGGGAAGGAAGAAGGAAGGGGGAAGAGGAACGGGGAUGCGAAUUGCAAGCGUGGAGUUUAUUUUCAAGGUCUAACUUACUAUCCAUGUUGUGGGUGCAUGUGGGUGGUGUUUAUGGUUUGGUAGUUUGAUUUCUUUUUUUCUCUUUGUUGUUUUGUCUUGCUGGUUGUAGCUUAGCUCUGCUUUGCUAGUAAUGGUAAUC